AUGGAGAAGUCAAUUAAGAGACCCGAACCCAAGGAAAAUUAUGAGAAGAAAAUGAUGAUUGUCACUAUAAUAUUUUGUUCCUAUAAGGGGAUAAGGCAAUUAGAGUGCCAAACAAAUCCUGAAAUUCAGGGACUUUUCCAGCUCCAAUUUGCCAAAAAGACUUUCCAAACCACCAGAUUGAAAAAACGUACAAGGAAGGCCUUUGGAAUACGGAAGAAAGAAAAGGACACUGAUUCAACAGGUUCACCAGAUAGAGAUGGAAUUAAGAAAAGCAAUGGGGCACCGAAUGGAUUUUAUGCGGAAAUUGAUUGGGAAAGAUACAACUCUCCUGAGUUGGAUGAAGAAGGCUACAGCAUCAGACCCGAGGAACCUGGCUCUACCAAAGGAAAGCACUUUUAUUCUUCGAGCGAAUCGGAAGAGGAAGAAGAAUCCCACAAGAAAUUUAAUAUCAAGAUUAAGCCAUUGCAAUCUAAAGACAUUCUUAAGAAUGCUGCAACUGUAGAUGAGCUGAAGGCGUCCAUAGGCAACAUUGCACUUUCCCCAUCACCAGUGAGGAAAAGUCCGAGGCGCAGUCCGGGUGCAAUUAAAAGGAACUUAUCCAGUGAAGAAAUGGCAAGACCCAGGCGUUCCACACCAACUCCAGAACUUAUAAGCAAAAAGCCUACAGAUGACACGAUGGCCCUUGCUCCCCUCUUUGGUCCACCAUUAGAAUCAGCUUUUGAGGAACAGAAGACAGAAGUUCUUUUAGAUCAGCCUGAGAUAUGGGGUUCAGGCCAACCAAUUAAUCCAAGCAUCGAGUCGCCAAAGUUAACAAGGCCUUUUCCCACUGGAACACCCCCACCACUGCCUCCCAAAAACGUACCAGCCACCCCACCCCGAACAGGCUCCCCGCUCACAGUUGCACCAGGAAGUGACCAGUCAGCCACAGAGGUCAAAAUUGAAAAACUACCAUCAAUCAAUGACUUGGACAGCAUUUUUGGCCCAGUGUUAUCCCCCAAGUCUGUUGCUGUUAAUGCUGAAGAAAAGUGGGUCCAUUUUUCUGAUACGUCCCCGGAACAUGUUACUCCAGAGUUGACUCCAAGGGAAAAGGUGGUGUCCCCACCAACUGCAUCAGACAACCCAUCUGACUCCCCAGCUCUGGGUCCCCCGGGCCCUCCAGGCCCCCCAGGACCCUCUGGUCCUCCUCGAAAUGUACCGUCGCCGCUCAAUUUAGAAGAAGUCCAGAAGAAAAUCGCUGAGCAGACCUUCAUUAAAGAUGAUUACUUAGAAACAAUCUCAUCUCCCAAAGAUUUUGGGCUGGGACAGAGAGCAACCCCACCUCCCCCACCACCACCCACCUACAGGACUGUGGUUUCAUCCCCUGGACCUGGCUCGGGCAGUGGUAUGGGGACCACCAGUGGUGCAUCAUCCCCUGCUCGACCAGCCACUCCCUUGGUUCCCUGCAGCAGCACCACCCCUCCACCGCCUCCUCCCCGGCCUCCAUCUCGGCCAAAGCUACCUCCAGGAAAACCUGGAGUUGGAGAUGUGCCCAGACCUUUUAGCCCUCCUAUACAUUCUUCCAGCCCUCCUCCGAUAGCACCCCUUGCCCGAGCUGAAAGUACUUCUUCAAUAUCAUCCACCAAUUCCUUGAGCGCAGCCACCACUCCCACAGUUGUGUCAGAAGAUGAUGUUUUUUAUGACAAACUGCCCUCGUUUGAAAGGUGCUGUGAUACCCUGGCAGAGAAUGAACAGCCUUCCCUCGUUUGGUUUGACAGAGGAAAGUUUUAUUUGACUUUUGAAGGUUCUUCCAGGGGACCCAGCCCCCUAACCAUGGGAGCCCAGGACACCCUCCCUGUUGCAGCAGCAUUUACAGAAACGGUCAAUGCCUACUUCAAAGGAGCAGAUCCAAGCAAGUGUAUCGUGAAGAUUACUGGAGAAAUGGUUCUGUCCUUUCCUGCUGGCAUCACCAGACACUUUGCCAACAACCCAUCACCAGCUGCUCUGACUUUUCGGGUGAUAAAUUUCAGCAGGUUAGAACACGUCCUGCCAAAUCCCCAGCUUCUCUGCUGCGAUAAUACUCAAAAUGAUGCCAAUACCAAGGAAUUCUGGGUAAACAUGCCAAAUUUGAUGACUCACCUAAAGAAAGUGUCGGAACAAAAACCCCAGGCUACAUAUUAUAAUGUGGACAUGCUCAAAUAUCAGGUGUCUGCCCAGGGCAUUCAGUCCACACCUCUGAACCUGGCCGUGAACUGGCGGUGCGAGCCGGCCAGCACUGACCUGCGCAUAGAUUACAAAUACAAUACGGAUGCAAUGACAACUGCCGUAGCCCUCAACAAUGUGCAGUUCCUGGUCCCCAUAGAUGGAGGAGUAACCAAGCUCCAGGCCGUGCUCCCACCCGCAGUCUGGAAUGCUGAACAACAAAGAAUAUUGUGGAAGAUUCCUGAUAUUUCUCAGAAGUCAGAAAAUGGAGGGGUGGGUUCUUUAUUGGCGAGAUUUCAGUUGUCUGAAGGCCCAAGCAAACCCUCCCCGUUGGUCGUGCAGUUCACAAGUGAAGGAAGCACCCUUUCUGGAUGUGACAUUGAACUUGUUGGAGCAGGGUAUCGGUUCUCACUCAUCAAGAAAAGGUUUGCUGCAGGAAAAUACUUGGCAGAUAACUAAUAAAAUCUUAUGCAAGGAUUUGGAGGAUUCAUAUAAUGGAGAACUGUUGUAUGAGAAACAGGUUUUAAUUUUGGUUUGAUGGAAACAAACCAAAAUCUGCACUUGGGAUAUAUCUGCUGGAAACGUCCAUGACUUUCAGCAAUGAUUUCCCUCACACAAUACCAUGAUGACCCGUCUUAACAGUAUUUACUUCUAGGUGUAAUAUUGUUAAUGGUUUUAAAAUGUAAUUAUUGUAUUUGUAAAUUGUACUCAUUCCAGUAAGGCAGUUAGACACUUGAGUUUUAGCAUUUUACCAUUCCUAAAAUGGAUGUAAUUUAAACUGUGGUAUGUAAAUUUAAUAGUAGUACUGUUGAAUGGCACAAUGCUUACAGAGGUAGAUUGCAUUUUGUCAAUAUAUAAAAUUUAAAUAUAAUAUUGAUAGCUGUCAUAAAGGGGGUGCCACAUACAAAGAAAAUUAAGUGGAACCAGAAAAAAAAAACUUCCUUUUCUUCAAUCCUUAGUAGGUUUUACUCUAGUGCUAAAUAAAAAUUCUAUCUUCAAAUAUUUAGUGGGUUAAAUUCAGAAACUAUUUCAGAAAGAAAAAAUUCUAAAGUUACAGCAUAUUCAAGAAGAGCAUUAAUUACCACUUUUUAAAAAGCUUUUUUUUCAAACUGCAAAUUUCAUAAAAAUGCGAACUGUGUAAACAGGGCCUCUUAUUUUUAUAACUUGUGUAAAAAGGGAAAGCAAUUCAUAUUUAAAGUUUAAGUAUAUGAAAUUAUAAUCAAGAGUAAAGAAGAUGUUGAAGUCUUAACUACUUCCCCCUCUCUCUGCAGUUUAACGAAUGUGGAGAUUGCUGAAUAAUAUCAGAUUAAAGCCAAAAUUGUGAUUUUAAAAUUUCAAGACUUUCCAUAGUUGAACUGCUGAACAACUUUUGCACAAUUACUCUAAACAGUCUCUCCCAUCUAGCAUGGAGAAUGGUACCACAUAUCUUUCUCUUUACCUGCAGGAAUCAAAACAUUAAGACUAAAAUUCAGAAGAAAAAAUUAGUGCCCCGUUUAAGUCCAGAAGGAAAAUUUUAAUCAUCAUCAUUUAUAUCGUUUGAGAAGGAAAAAAAAAAGCUUUAUAAAUGAAAUUCAAUCCACAUUAUUGUGCAAUAAAUUUCCUUUUGGAUAAGAUUCAUCGUAUGUUAACUAUAAAUUUUUGCCAUUCUCUGAGAAUCAGAGAGUUAUCAAAAAUUUAUGUCAUAAUUUAAUUGUUGCAAGGUAUAAUUAAAACUAAUUACUCAGUCUGGCCUCACAAUGUGACUAUUCAGAACGGAGAAGCACUUCUUCUGGG